UGUAGGAAACAUAGGAAAGGUGUUCCAAAUUAACUACGAAAAUCUUAGACUCAAUUAUGUCAAAUUUGACCCAGACCCGACAGUUCGACAGACGGUCUGGUCACUGUGUUUAGGGUUUUAUUUAGUGGCCUUCGGCAUGGCAUUCAACCAGGCAACGGUUCAGAGGAUAAGUUCCGUUAAGUCUUUACAAGAAGGCAAACGAAUUAUGUAUUUUGCUGCUCCAGCCUUCUUCAUUAUCGCCCUUAUAGUCAAUAUUGAAGGUCUAGUGAUGUUUGCCUACUUUAAUGUCGUCGGCUAAGAUCCCAUUGAAUCAGGUCAGAUAAAGAAUGCUAGUCAGUUGCUACCCCACAUGGUGGUGAGGAUAUUUCACGGUCUUCCUGGACUCUCCGGGCUGUUUCUCGCUUCUUUGUUCAGUGCCUCAUUAAGCACAAUUUCAUCUGGACUAAGUUGUCUAAGUGCUCAGACAGUACAAGACUUCAUUAAACCCCGAUAUAAUGACAUGUCCGAUGGAAAAGCCACGGCGAUUGCCAAAGUAUCAGUCUUUUUCUACGGAGGGAUGUCUGUCGCUGUCACAGCGCUGAUAGCCAAUGUUUCGGGAUCUAUGAGUCAGAUAGCUGCUUCAAUACUUACCUGUUUUGGAGGUCCUCUGUCCGGCAUGUUCCUCUUUUCCAUGUUUUGUCCAUGGGCAACUAAAAAGGGUGUCGUCAUCGGCGGGGUAAUAUCGAUGAUAUUUGUUUUCUGGAUAUCCCUUGGACAAAACUUCUUCACGUCUAAACCAAGUGAGCCUUGGCUGCCACCAAACCCAACAGAUCAAUGCUCUCUGGAUUCGACAUUCUACACAAACACAACUUUGAUGACUAAUUCAACUGUUUGCUACAACUCAUCAGCUUGACAUCCGUCGCAUCCUAGCAACACAUCUUCACGAAUAACAUCAUACCAAAAAGAAAUGGAAAUCUUCAAUACCAUCAAAGCGUAAUUACUUUACAUAUUGCGUAUUGAAUAUGAAAAUGUGGUUUAUAUAUCGAUGGUGUAUACACAAUGGAAAUGUCGAUUGGAACAUUGAAUGAUUAACAAUAAUAACGUCAUCAAUUCAAAAUUAUUCAAACUUAUACUAGUGUUU